AAAAACUAGAGAAAGUAACCAUAGACUCUGACAUUUGAGACUUUCUACGUCUUUCCCCAGUUUUCAGUUGGCGGCGGAGGACAAAUAGGCCAAAUUAGAUGGGAGGGUUCACAGCUGAGCAGGUUUAAGCACCUGCUAAGACCUGUUUAUCCACUCUUUCCAGUUCACCAAUACCGAUAGGGAGCCAGUCCAGGAUGGCUCAGGGGGCGAGUUUCCCCCUCUGGUUGCUGUAUUGAUAGAGAUGUGUGAAUAGCUGGAGGAUUUUCUGCCUUUUCAGGAACCCAGAUUUCAUCCGACAAUCCAGGCCGGAACUUCUUCCACUGAAGAAGCGAGCUUCGUGUCUGCGGACUCUCUCCGGUCGCUGUGAUGACUCCGUCCUCCUUCCUCACCUGUCCGGUUUAAAAGCCCCACAUAACGCCGCCUGGGAACGCUUCUGUACGAACAACAUGAAUUUCACCACAAAGGUGGAAGAAAAUGCACCAUCAUCGGAGCUACACGCGUGUGCUUUGGCCCGAUGAGGUGUUCCCCAGCCAGGUCCCAGCUGCAGCGAUCUUAAAGGCGCACACGAACCAGCAAAUCCCUGCAGGAGAACUGCGAGUUUAACCAGGAUAUAUAUAUUUAUAUAUAAAGGGGGGAGAGAAACUGCUGGAUCCGGAUUUGUUCUGCAUCGCAGCAAAACAUCAGCGGCACAUCAAAAAAAAGAGAACAACCCCACGUUUGUCGUUUUUUUCUUCGCUCGCGUUUUUUUCAGCAGCCAUGGGUUUCCGGGCCUAUAAUUGAAAGCUUGAGGAAGCAGACGUGAGAAGAGGAUCCCCCCCCUGCAAGUCAUGCACAACAGCCCUGCUCCAGAGGCCGUGGCAGCCUACCACGGCGGCAGCCCGGCCGAUAAGGAUGCCAACCCAGAGACAACCUUGGGGAGCGCCUACUCUCCGGUGGACUACAUGAGCAUCACCAGCUUCCCCAGGCUGCCAGAGGACGAUGGCGUGUCUGGAGAAAACACCCUGAAGUCCCGCAGAGAGGACGACAACGUCCUGAGUGAGCAAGACACAGACCCAGAUCUGUUCCUGAAGUCGGCUCGCCUGCAGCGUCUCCCCUCCUCGGCUUCCGACUUGGCCAGCCAUGACGUUGCCUCCCUGCGGGAGACCACCGUUGACCCUUUCACCGAGGACUGCGCCUGUCAGCGGGACGGGCUGACCGUCAUAAUCACGGCCUGUCUCACCUUCGCCACAGGGGUCACCGUGGCCCUCAUCAUGCAGAUCUACUUUGGCGAUCCACAGGUCUUUAACCAGGGGGCGGUGGUGACGGAUGUGGCUCAGUGCACAUCUCUCGGGUUUGACGUUUUGGGAAAGCAGGGGUCCAGUGUGGAUGCUGCCAUCGCUGCCGCUCUCUGUUUGGGAAUUGUCCACCCUCACACCUCUGGCCUUGGGGGUGGUGGCGUUAUGUUGGUGCACGACAUCCGUAAGAACGAGACCCGAGUGAUUGACUUCAGAGAGACGGCACCGUCUGCCAUCAGCGAGGACAUUCUGCUCACAAACCUCGACCUUAACUCAGGGUUGUUGGUGGGAGUCCCAGGGAUGCUCAGUGGGAUGCAUCAGGCUCACCAGCUCUACGGCAGGUUACCGUGGAAGGAUGUUGUUUCCAUGGCAGCAGAUGUAGCCAGAAAUGGAUUCAACGUUACUCAUGACUUAGCGGAAGCUCUGGAUAAAGUGAAGAAUCAGAAUGUGUCAGAUGCAUUUCGGGAUUUGUUCCUCCCCAACGGUCAGGCUCCUCUUUCCGGACUGUUCACUCAGCGGCCCGAUUUAGCUGCCAUUUUGGAUGCCGUGGCAGAUAAAGGAAUAUCAGAGUUCUACACUGGGGACCGGGCACGGGAAAUGGUGGAAGCAGUGCAAGCAAGAGGCGGCGUGCUCACAGAGGAAGACUUCGCAAACUACAGCACUGUCAUCCAAAAGCCAGCGGAAAUCACCUAUCAAGGACAUCAUGUCAUGGCCGCCCCAGCGCCGCAUGCAGGGGUUGGAUUGAUCACUGCGCUCAACAUCCUUGAAGGCUACAACAUUACCAGCCAAGUACCCAGAAAUGGCACUUACCACUGGAUCGCAGAGGCUGUGAAGAUAGCAUUGGCCCUCGCCAGUGGGCUGGGAGACCCUAUGUUUAACACUUCGGUCUCAGAGACGGUUGAUAAGAUGCUGAGUAAACCGCAGGCUUCCCUACUCCGGCAGAUGAUCAGCGACUCCCAAGCGUUCCCUGUCAGCCAUUACACUACAUCCUUUUCGAUGGAGGACGGUGCAGCAGCUGCACAGGUCAUGGUUAUGGGCCCAGACGAUCACAUUGUUUCAGUUGUGAGCUCCCUAAAUAAACCGUUUGGCAGUGGGAUAGUGACUUCUUCAGGAAUACUUCUGAAUAGCCAGAUCCUCGACUUUUCUUGGCCUAAUAAGACCCUGAGCUCAUUACCUAACCCUUAUAACAGCAUUCAGGCCGGGAAAAGGCCCAUGUCCUUCCUGAUGCCCACAGCGGUGAGACCAGCUGUGGGGCUAUGCGGCACGUACGUAGCCGUUGGAUCUUCCAACGGAGAGAAAGCUCUGAGCGGCAUCACACAGGUACUGAUGAAUGUUCUCUCUUCACGCAAAAACAUGAGUGACAGUUUAGCCUUUGGGAGACUCCACCCACAGCUGGAGCCCAACACACUCCUGGUGGACGCCGAGUUUUUAGAGGACGACGUGGAGCUGCUCCAGGAAAAAGGACACAAAGUCGAACGGAUGGACGUUCUCUCCUUGGUGGAGGGCACGCGGAGAACCAAUGAUCUCAUCAUCGGGGUGAAAGAUCCCCGUAGUGCCGACGCUUCCGCCCUCACUAUGUCCAACAUGCCUUAGUGCAUUGCUUGUUUCAGUAUCCAGAUAUGAAUGUAACGGUAAGAGAAGGUUUUUAACAAGGAAGGAAAUGAGGCUAGUGAACAAAUACAACACCAAACUAAUCCACUCUGCAAACAUCUAGCAGCAAGAACACACGCAGGUGUCUGUCAACUAACAUGGUUGGAAGCAGAUCGUCUUUCAGAAUGCUAACAAAGUACAAAUUAGCUCCACUCUAAUGUUGUUAAUAAUGACACCUACUGUCACAGCCUCAAGUACCGUCCACUCACAGAGUACACAUCCUGUAAAGGUGCACAUCCAUCCCAGAAAUAGCUUAAAAGUCAGCUGCUUGUGUUAUGUACAUGUUGAGUUUAUUACUGAUUUAAUGUGAUGCAUUCCAUGGGAGGGAAAACAGAAGGAUGAAAAGGAAACUGUUUUUUUUUUUUUACGUCUUAAGUUUCCGAGUUUUG